GCAUGAGGCUCCACGUGGCGAGCUCACUCUGCGUCGAGGACGGCAUUGGCCAGAUCCUCGGCUGUCUCGAGCAGCAGUACGUGGAGGCGGGAGGCCAGUCAGAGCUCGUCGUGGUCUUCGACUGCGAUGGAGUUCGCGGCGUGUCGCAAUCGUGCCCGGCAGACGCGUCGCGAGCAGACGGCGGCCUCGCCAGCGAAAGCCAUGCCGCUGGCGCCAGCGAAGGCCAGGACGUGAAGGCCUACGAGGCGAAGAGACUGCAGGUGUUCCUGGCCAGGGAACGCUUCAUGGCCGACAAGCUGGCUGGCAAGCACCAGGAGGAGAAGAAGGAGAUCUCUGGGGAGGCGGUGCACAUCAAGAUAUGGCAGUGCCCAAGCUGUGGAGCGAAGAACUUCGGCUUCAGGGAGAGUUGCAUGUACAAUGAUGGCAACCACAAGGCGCCCGAGACCACGCUGCAGCUGCAGAGGCUCCAGAAACUGCAAGAGGUGAAGGUCCACUCGGACACGUCCUACAUGACCCUGGGGGAGCUGGACGCGGCGCUUCGCUCUCGCGGGCUAGUGUGCAUGGACCAGGAGUUCGACAGGUUGCAAAAGGCCGACACCGAGGACUACCAGAGCCUGGACAGGACGUCCGCGGCAUGGCGUCGCGUGGCAGCUGGACUAGGCGAAGACUGGCAGUCAGAAGAGGACGAUGGUAGUGCAGCUGUGCGCGCAGAUGGCGGGGAAGGUGGAGUAAGCGUUCGUCAAUCGCAUGCUGUGCAGUUUGUCACGGACGUGGGGCAGAAGGACCUCAGGCCGAAUCCUGGGGAAGGUGGUGCCAAGCCGAUCGAUAGCGAUAGUGGCACGGGCUUGCCGUCGAUCCCGAGCUUCCCGCAGCUCGCGAUGCCAGAGGUGUUCGACAUCGCCGACGGCGACGACGAGGAGUGGGCCGAGAAGGGCGAGGCCCUGCAGCUGGCCGGCGAGCAGCCAUACGACAAGCAGCAAGAGGACAAGCAUAAUGAGGUCAAGCAGUACGAGGACAGCCAGAAGGAGGGCGACGAUGGUAGGGAGACCAGUGCGCCCCUACCUCAGCCCAUGGGGGCCAGCUCUGCCCAGGUGGAGGAGGAUGAGGUCUGCCCCACCGCGGACGAGGAGUUCCAGGCGCUGGCCGACCUGUACCUCGAGGGCGUCGAGCGCGACGGGAGCGAGCUCAGGGUUCGCUUCCAGACGCUUUGCGAGCGCCUCGGCAUCAAGAACGACUUCGAGGCAUUCUUCCAG